AUUCAUUUUGUGGAGCUGACAGGAGAGGGAUCAGUCUUACUAGCAAUGGGCUCUGAGAACAGUGCCCUGAAAAGCUACACACUGGAGGAGCCGAUUCUUACAUUACCUUCAGGGCUUUCCAUUUUUCCUGCAACAUUACAGGAUGGAAGACUGGCGUCUGUCUUUGUGUACCAGAGAGGAAAUGAGGAGAAGGUUAAUAAAGCUGCUAAGCAUUUGAAAACUUUGCGGCAUCCAUGCCUUCUGAGAUUUCUUUCAUGCACUGUUGAAGCAGAUGGAAUCCAUCUUGUUACUGAACGAGUUCAACCAUUAGAACUUGCACUGGAAACACUUACAGCUGAGGAAAUUUGUGCUGGGAUCUAUGACAUAUUACAGGCUUUAGUGUUCCUUCAUGAUCGAGGGAAGUUAACCCACAACAAUGUAUGCCUGGAGUCAAUAUUUGUAAGCGAAAGUGGUCACUGGAAAUUAGGUGGGAUGGAUACUGUCUGCAAAUUCAUUGAAGCCACACCUGAGUUUCUUCAAAGCAUACUGCCAGUAAGAGACAAAGGUGGCAUUCCUCCGGAAGACUCAACUGCAGAGUUUAAACUUCCCCCAGAGGCCUUUGGACAUGCUCGGGAUGCCUAUGCAUUUGGGACCCUGGUAGAGAACUUGCUUACCUUACUGAACGAAAGUGUUUCAGAAGACCUGAUGACAAGUUUCCAGAACACCCUACAAGGUGGCCUUUUGAAAACUGAUCCAUCCAGUCGCCCAAGUUUAAGCACACUGCUGUCUCAUGAAUUUUUCCGGAACGAUUUUCUUGAGGUUGUGCACUUUUUGAAGACUUUGACAUUAAAAUCUGAAGACGAGAAGAGUGAAUUUUUCAAGUUUCUCCUGGACAGAGUUCAAUCCAUUCCAGAGGAGCUGUUGGUUUCCCGAUUGGUUCCACAGUUGCUUAAUCCGCUUGUACUUGCUGAACCAGUUGCUGUUACAAGCUUCCUUCCUCAUCUGCUCAGGCCAAAGAAAGGUAAUACAGUGGAGACGUCAUCAGGCUGCCUUCUGUCCCAGGAUCUCUUCCAAGAGCAUGUUUUGCCUCUUCUGGUAAAGCUGUUCCAGGUUCACGAGGAGCAUGUUCGAAUGGUGCUGCUGACACACAUUCAUGCUUAUGCCGAUCUUUUCUCUCCGGAGGAGCUGAAGACCAAGAUCCUUCCUCAGGUCCUCCUAGGCUUGAGAGAUGCCAGUGACACACUAGUUGAAAUGACACUUCAUAGUCUGGCAGCAUUGGUUCCGCUGCUGGGAGCCCAGGUGGUGGUUGGUGGUGAGAGAAUCAAAAUUUUCAAGAGGACCACCCCGAGCUUCACCAAGUCUGUGGACAUUAUAUCCCAAGGUUCUCCUCUUCAUGUCAGCACAGAUCAGAGAAUUUCAUUUGCCCAGCCCAUGAAAAAUUCACAUAGUCCUUCCUCCACAACUAGAAAGUCAUUGUUUGGUAAAAAAAGUAUCAUCGAGAAGAACCAUCCACAGGCACAUGCUGUGCCAACAUCAGCAGAACUAAAAAGGAACGAAAAUGUGCUUCCAAAAUCUGUGGACAUAAUUUCAAGUAAAUCGAUGGAGUCCAUUUCUACCGCUCCAAACCAAAUCUCCCACCCAGCAGGGCCUACAGAGGAGUGGCCAGACUGGAACGAACCAGAGGAAGGAGAUGAGGGGAAAAAAGUAGAAAUACAGAUUCGAUCAGUGGAGCAUGACAUCAGUGCCAAUCAGAAAUCAGAUAAUGGUGCUUUGGACAAUGAGCCCUGGGAUGACUUUGAACCUUAUGGUGACAGUUCAGAAGUCUCAUCAUAUAGUCUUCCUAGCACUGCAUCCGAUCAGGUGAACACAUCUCAGGGUUCAAGUCUGAGCCACAACUCCCAAGACAAAAAGCAAUCCAAAGCCUUAAAACUAACUUCAGCACCAAAAAGGAACCCUGCAGAGGAUGUCAGUAAAUGGAAUAAUGAUGGCUGGAACCAGCAAACUGUGCCAAGUCAGAACAUUUCUGAUAAACAAGGUAAUGGCAGUAAAUUAAAAAGUGGUUUAGGGCUUGGAGAAGAGUUUGCUAUAGAAGUAAAGAAAAAAAUUGUGAAGGAUCCAGAGCUGGAUUUGUUUGCCGAUAUGGUACCACACAUUAAAUCAUCCUCUACAGUUUUGAUUCUGCCUUCUGAAAGGACAGAAAGAGUUGUACCUACUCAUGAGAAUGCAGUUCAGAAGGAGACUUGCUCAGAAACAAAUGAUCUAUCUUCAAGAUUUGCUGCUGCUGUUGACAUUAAUGAUGUCGAAGGUGAAGGCUGGACAGAAGAACUUAACUGGGAAGAGGAUGUAAACAGCUGGUAAAAUUUCCAGCAAAGUUCCUACCCUAAGCCAUUAAGAGACUUGUUAAUGCAACAAGAUAAAAUGUGCAAAUAUCUCAUAUGCAGUAAACAUUUUUCACAAUCACCUUACGGUUGCUGCUUUAUAAACAGGUUAAAGUCCCUUACUUUUGCAAACUUAAUGUGGGCCAGAAAAAAAAAAUCAAGAUUUUUAUCAUUAGAAAGCAUAAUUAAAAAUACAAGUUCUAUUAAAUAUGUUUUAUAUGUUCAGUUGUAUGUGCCAUGUUAGUAGCUGAUAAGGGCUUUUAAAUUUCUUUUUAAUAAGUGGUGUUUCAUUUACAUGUUAUGCUGACCCUUUAAGCCUCUUUCUUUUUCAUGUUUCAUAUUGACCCUUCUCUGUUCAGGACACAGUCCCAGCACUUAAAUUGUAAUGUACAGAGUACAGAAAUUUCAGAAUCCUAAAAUGUUUUGUAUGCUGCUUCCUGUAGUUCACGUUUCAAUUCCUUCAGCCUCCUUUUGCCUUCUUAGUAACGCUGAGCAAGUCUUUUAACCAAACAGUGCUGUGGGGCAGUAGGGAAAAUUGACUAGGGCUUCUAAACGGUCUCCUGGAUCAGUAAUUACCUAUGAUAUUAUGAAGCUAUGCUGUCAUUGACUCUGCGGCAAUGUAAACUUGUCAGAAAAAUAGAUUGUGAUUAAGCUGACCUUUUAUGGCUCCAAGAGGAACACAGUAAGUGCAUUAAAUCUGCAGUUUGAAAAGUCAUGUUAAACACACAGUCCACAGCAUGUAACAUUGACAGCUAAAAAGAAGCAUCAGUCCAGUUAAAGUUAAAGAUUGUGCGGCUCUAAAUUUGUUGAGUAAGUCCUGCAGCCACCACACUUCAUUGCAGAAUUGGUAUACUCAGGGUUGUACUGCUUGUGUGUUUUAACUGGAAAAUUAGGUAUCCUCUUUUCUCUAAGCUUUGUGACCUUGGAAUGAACAUACUAAACUAUAGUGGCCUAGGAAUGCUGAAGUUUUGAUAUAUUUCUUUGAUUUAUGCAUUUUUAUGUGCCCCCCCCUUCUCUCUCUCUCUCUAAUAUGUUGACCUUUUUGAGAUAAUGUGGUCGGUCUUGAUUUUCAGACGUAAGUGAAUUUUGAUUGUGAUAUUAGCCACCCUUUAUUAAGAUUUAACCUUUUCUGACUAAUGUAUAUUGGUCUGCCAUAUUGGGCUCAGAUUAACUGCCUUGUCUGCAUUCCCCUUCUGUCAUGUGACCCAUCCUGUCAUGGCCUUGUCUUGGCAAUGGUACUUGAAUAUAACAGGAGUAACCCGCUGCUCUGCAGUCAUUUAGAACCUUUCUCUUCUCUUAUUGACAGCCAGAGGUCAUUUGCGUGCAUAGUUAUGAUGGAAUGCAAACACACACCAUAUUCCUUCCAUUUGUUAGCAGUGUAUGAUAGUCGGUCAGCUAGUAAUACCAGCACCAAGGCAGGUGAUUUGUCAAAUCUAUGGUCAGCGUCUUUCUUCCCUUCUCCUAAACAAAUAGUACAGCAAAACCAGUCACAUUUGAUACCUCAGCCUUCUCUUUCCCUAGGCUUUCUCCUUCUAAUUUCAUUUCAUAUUUAAAGUCAUAUUGUCUUAGAAUGAUAACUGUACAGUUUGACUUUGUAAAAUGCCAAAUUAUAUAUUUAUUUCAAAAUGUUCACACGGAGCUAAAAUAAAUUGUUGACUGUCUCAAGAACAAA